AAAUGGCUAAAUCGCAAUUAGUUCCUUCUGAAAAUUUCAAUACUUGCAGUGUCCUUACACAAGUCUUCAGAUUGAUACGUAUCCUGGGGUUCAGUCCGGUCGAAAAAUAUAAGCUCCUCUUCUAUAUCUACUCGAUUCUCUUAAUUUUUGUUGUGCACAUUCUUUAUCUGCUUUCCUUGUACAUCGAUCUGUUUCUUCUAGAUAAUAUACAGGACAUUCUAGAUAAUCUAAAAGUGACGAUUUGUUGCACUGUCUGCACUUUGAAAGUUUUCAAUACAUUUGCUAGGCGUGAAGAGUUGCAUCGUCUGAGGAACAUCAUCAGACAGCUUGAUAUGAGUGUAGUAAACCAGGAUGAAAAGGAUUAUCUCCAAUCCAUAAUGAAGACCUCAUCAAGAUUUUUCUUUGCCUUUUUCGUCUUUUAUGGCUCGUGCUCUGUAACUUGCGAGAUACCUCUUAUUUUUGCGAAGGAAAGGUAUCUCCUCUACUCUGCUUGGUUUCCCUUCGAUUGGGAAAAUUCGACCACAGCUUACGUGGGGGUGCAUCUAUAUCAGUUUAUAGGAAGUUCUGUAAUCACCUACGAAGACGCGGUUAAUGAUUCGUAUCCUGGAACACUGCUGUGGCUACUGAAGGGACAUCUUCGUGCAUUGGGAUUGAGAAUAUCCAAAAUCGGGUAUGAUCCCAGCAGAACUGCGGAGGAUAAUUAUGACGAACUUAUAAGGGCUGUCAAGAUAUAUGGCAUUUGUAUGAAGUACUUCAACACAUGUAAGGUCGUGAUGUCAAAGGUGUCACUUGUUCAGUUGUUGGGAACCGAGAUGGUCCUUUGCGAUAUAGCCAUUUCUAUUCUUCACGUUGAUGAGAAUCCUUCUCAGCUUCUAUUCCUUUUCUUCUACUUCGCCGCCAUGAUUCUACAAAUAUCAGUUUUUUGCUACUGCGGAAGUGCACUAGGUGAUGAAGGUCAGAUUUUGAGGACAGCGCUCUAUUCAUGUAAUUGGCCUGCACAGGAUGCGAAGUUUCGUAAGGUUCUGAUUUUUUUUAUGGAACAUGCUCAGAAUCCUUGGUUCAUUUAUGCUGGAGGAGUGGCUACUGUUUCUUUGAGUACUUUGGUCUCAGUACUACAAUCUGCAUAUUCUUUUUUUGCUGUUUUGAAUCAAUUAUAGAAGGCUAUCGACCACAUGAAAGUAAAACGGAAAUGUAUGUAUAGAUCUUAGUAGGUUUUUUGAUAACCAUUUCACGGCAUGUCCAAGCCUACGUGAAACUAGUGAACAUGAACAUCACAAUUUUGUCUAAUUCAAUUAAAUGUUUUAGUGGCAUAUGUUAUAUUUUAUGUGUCAAAUGUAACCAGUAU